UCCUUGCCCCUGGCACACGCGGUAGCCUGCUCUCGGAAAGGCCGCCGGCGAGCGGAGAGAGCAACCGAAGACAUGGCGGCUUCCACCGGCUCGUGGUUGAUUUCUGCAGCUGCUGUCUCGAGAUGCAGUAGGCGUUGAGCUCAGCGAAAGAAGAGUCUCUAUGGAGUACGCCGUAGAGGGCGAGUACCUGCGCGAGCGGUCUCCGCGGCCGCCCGACGAGGAAGGGGAGAACGACGACUCGCGGGCCUUCAUCGGCUUCUGGCCUCGGGCGCUGGUCGACAGCGAGGCGCCGGACUCGGAGCAGGGGCCAUGGGCGUCGCUGCCGGACGUCCUUCUGGAGACUGUGUACAGCAUGGUGCCCAUCGCCGACCGGUACUCCAUGUCGCAGGUCUGCCGGAACUGGUACCGCAUCUUCUAUUCGCCUCGCGUCUGGUCAGUGUUUGUGCUUGACGAUCGGACCAUGACGCGACGCAAGUUCAACUACUACAUGGGCUACCAGCACCUGCUGGACCACUACCGGACACAGGUCUGCGUGCACAAGAUCGGCCGUCACAUCCGGCACCUUCUCAUUCCGGCCAUGUCCAACUUCUUCAACCUGUACGAGUUCAUGGUCAUCAUGGCCUACUUCGGUGAGCGCAACAACGCGCUAGGACACUUGAGACGGUUCGAGUUUACCUUCGGCUGUCACCUUCUUGGCAACAAUUCGGACGGCCAGAGGCAGCAGGACAGCGUAUUCGGCACAGGAGGCAAGCUACUCGAGUCGCUAAAGCGCCUCAUGUGUUGCUUCACGGGACUGCGUCACCUGGCUCUCACCGACUUGCUUCUGGAGCCCCAUGAGGCGAAGUUCCUCCUCGACGAUGUUGCCGAGACGUGCAUGACGACGCUGCGCACGCUGAGGCUUGUCAACUGUUCCAAGGAGCCACACCCGUUCCUGCACGCCGGAGUGUUCCUCAACCUAACCGCGCUCUACAUCUCGCCGCAGCACCUGGACGAUGACCUGGUGACCCUGCUGAGCUACACAUCUCUUCGAGACCUGCACCUGAUCCAGACGACGUACACGGAGAUGGGACUCCGCGUGUCGCCCCGCGUUUGGAGGGAGUGCCGGAGGGCGGCACCCAGGCUCCGGGUCCACCUCUCCGUUGAGGGUACAGUAGACAAGGAGAUAAUAUGGCAAGACUGCGCGCCGGUGCACUCAAUAAUCUACAAGACUGCCUACAACCAGGUGGGGCCGGAGUCGGCACUGACGGCCGCCACGUACUAUCCCGAAGACCUGAGGACGUAUGCCUUUCUUGGGUUGCCGAGAUUCCACAUGGCGAAGCGCUUUGUCGACAGACCGGACUCUGCACUGGUGUUGCUGUGCCGGUCUUGCCGCCGACUGGAGACUCUUGUCAUCCGCGAGCGCAUCUCAACUGCCACCGUGCUUCUUCUGGCCUACCACGGCCGCUCGCUGCGUCGGUUCGUGGUGCGUGGCAACGCCGUCAUCAAGAAGUGCGACUGGCCCCGAAACCCGGAAUGGAGCGAUGAGUUCUACAGCUGGCUACGACACACGGCGCAGUCGUACGACGCAGUCUGCCAGGAGGUAUCCCAAAUCCUGGGCUUUCCCUGGGCACCCCUAACAGACAAGCAGUUCAAGACAAUUGUGUUGCACGAGUCCGGGAGCAGGGACGUCUUCCCGGUGUCGCCACAGAGCUCCAUGGGCGACUUCCAUUUCCCGGCUGCCGGGCACAGGCUCUCCUUCUCGUCCAGUGGUUCAUUUUCGCCCAUCUGAAGCUGGCUUCGAGGGCGCCAUGACUGUGGUGGGCAACCCCAAACUCAAGUGCACGCGUCACUGUGGCCUUACACGGAAAGUGAACAACCAUUGUUAAGGGAACACUAAAAGUACAAACAUGAGCUGGAUUUGGGGAUAUUAGAGUUACCUCGAGGAAGCAGAGUUGCGCAUAUGUUUUUUAAACGCCGCUAGCUCCUGUGCACUGUGAAGAACCUGAUGAGCCACCCCUGCAGAGAACCGAUUUAACAAAAGGGCUACUUCUGAGCCACCAUUAUACCCUUAAUAGACGUGACCCCCAAAAAUCUACUGUUUAGGCUGUGAAGUCAGCUUUCUAACUCCCAUGGCACAGAUCCAAAAGGAGGCGUUUAGUCUUUCAUCGCUACAUAGCUGUGGUUGCUAGCCGAACCUAUGCACGGGAGCAGUGACUCUACGGAAUAUGAGCACGUAGCGCCUGCUUUUGUCGUCAACAGCGGUGGCCUGUCGUAACUGAAUGGAAAAUAGGUGAAAAAAAACGACAAAACCUGACAAAUAAAGCUAAUUAUCAGCUGAUUACA